AUGGCGGUGGCUGGGGGCUUCGGCCCAGCGGAAUGUGUGUUUAUGGUUUCGCGCCCGUUCUGUGGGGGCCUGGUAUCGCGUGGGGCCUCUGUCACCGCUGGCGAUCCAACACGCUUCGACGGUGGCAUCAGCAACUGUCGACGCCGGGGAGCUGCGCGGACGCUCGGGGCCUCAGUGCGGUGCUGGAGGACGAAAGCGUCAUCAUCGACGCGAAAGGUCGGCUGGCAGGCAGUUCACAGGAUGUCGCUCGAAGACCUGGCCCUUGCCAGCCCCAUCCUGGGCAGCUGCGGCUUCUUCGCCGAAGACGUGAGAGCCGGGUGGAGUUUCUGGAUCGACGUCGCAGGGAAGAUCAUGGCCCACCUCAAGUUCAACCCUGGAGAUCUGGACACGGACAAGUCCCAACGAACCAGGGUGUAUCAGUACUACCUGCCAGUGUUCAUGUGGUGCCACAAGCAGCUGAUAGCGCACAAGAUAGCCAGCGGCAGCUCCACGCCUGCACCGCUGGUGAUCGGCAUUAGCGCACCCCAAGGAUGCGGCAAGUCAACAAUCGUUGCCUGUCUGCAGGAUGUCUUCAACUCCCUGGGCAUGGCAGCGGCAUCGAUAUCCAUUGACGACUUCUACCUCACAUGUGCGGACCAAACAGCUCUUGCGAAGGCCAAUCCCGACAACCCACUUGUGCAGCUGAGGGGCAACGCCUGCACCCACGACGUGCCACUGGGCACCACCACACUGACCAGUCUGCGCAGCCUCACAGACACCGGCCGCAAGGUGCAGGUACCCAGGUACGACAAGUCCAAGAACCAGGGCAGGGGCGACCGGGCGGACCAGGCAUGUUGGCCUGUCGUGGAGGGGCCCCUCUCUGUGGUGUUGUUCGAAGGAUGGAUGCUGGGAUUUCGGCCUGUGGAGGCCGCCGAAGCAGCAGCAGUUGACACCAAUUUGGGAAUUGUGAAUGAGACAUUGAAGGGCUAUGAGGCAGCCUGGGACAGCUUCGUGGAUUGUUGGCUAGUGGUGAAGGUCCAGGACCCGGAAUACGUGUUCAAAUGGAGGCUGGAGGCAGAGCAGGCAAUGAGGGCAAGUGGCCAGCCAGGAAUGACAGAUGAGCAGGUGAAGGACUUUGUGACGAGCUACAUGCCAGCCUACAGGGCGUACUUACCAGGGCUCUAUUCAAAGGGCCCCACAACUGCUAUGGAAGGGAAAGUGCUGAUGAUUGAGGUGGACAAGAACAGAGCGCUUGCGGAUUCUCAGGCACAUGCUCCUGUAUAG